CCUGUUCUUGCGCAGUAAACAGGAAGUGCACUGUUCCACGUUUCCAGUGAAAACAUAAACAAGUGAUUUUCUUUAUGAUGAAAAGACAACAUGUAGAUCUUAAGAGUAUAUACUUGGUCAUCUUAACGACAGAUGCAGUGAUCUGUUUUAGCUGGAAUACGUUAAAUCUACCCGAGGAACACAUACCUUAUUUUUUCAACAAUAAUCCUGAUAUAAAGGAAGAAUGUAACAAGGAUGAAAAUUGUCCAUUUCAGGACAGUUUAUCAAUUCAGAAGUGCUGGGGAUAUGAAAAGAACUGUCCCUCAGAUCAGAGAAUGAUUGCACCAUCUUGUCCAGGAGGUAGCCGAGGAUGGGCAAAAGAUAAAGCAACACAGGUGCAUGAGUUUUGGAAGGCAGCAGACUUUGGUUACAUGAAGGAAAGAAGAAAUGAGCUCAAAGUUAUAUGUCAACCUGAAAGUGAGGAGGAUUCUCUGUUAGAAUGCUGUAGAUAUACACGUCACUGUAGAGCUAGAAACAUUUACCUUGAUUUUACUAAUGCUCAUCUGAAACAGGGAAAUGAUAGAUUUCGUGAGGAUGUGUUCAAAGAUGGAGAGAUAGGGGGAAAGUGUAAAUUGAACCAAGCUUUGCUGAGAGAUCAAAGUGAACAUAAAAGUCCCUUACAAUCAUGGUAUGCAGAAUUAGAACAUUAUUCGUCCUUACCAUUCCAUCCAGAAAAUAAAUGUGAUAUUACCAUAGAUAAACCAUCCAUUCUCAUUAAAUUAGAUGCAGGAGUGAACCUUUAUCAUCAUUUCUGUGAUUUUGUGAAUAUUUAUGCUGCACAACAUGUAAACAACUCAUUUACUACAGAUGUAUAUAUAGUCAUGUGGGAUACUAGUGAUUUAAUUUAUCGAGACUUCUUUGAUGUGACAUGGAAGGCAUUUACAGAUCACCCCAUCCUUCGUCUAAGUCAGUAUGAUGGUAAGAAGGUGUGCUUCAAAGAUGCUGUGUUUUCUUUAUUACCUAGAAUGAGAUAUGGAUUAUAUUACAAUAUGCCAUUGAUUCCUGGUUGUCAUAGUAGCAGUUUUUUCAGAGCAUUUAAUCAGCAUCUCAUGCAUAGACUAAAUGUCCAACAAGAGGGUCCCUUGGAAGAGAAAAUAAGAGUUACUCUCUUAUCAAGAAGUACAAAAUACAGGAAGAUUCUAAAUGAGGUGCAGUUAGUUAAUGCCAUGAAAACUGUAGGUGAAUUUGAUGUAAGAAAGGUUGACUUUAAUCUGGAUUUAUCAUUCUUGGAUCAGAUUAAGGUUUCACAUAACAGUGAUAUAUUUAUUGGUAUUCAUGGUGCAGGGCUAACACAUGCCCUCUUCCAACCAGACUGGGGUGUUGUCAUGGAAAUAUACAAUUGUGAGGAUGAUGGAUGUUACAGUGACUUAGCAAGACUAAGAGGUGUGAAAUACAUGACAUGGGAGAAAAAGGACAAACUGAUUCAAGAAGAUGAGGGUCAUCAUCCUACCUUAGGUGCCCAUGCAAAGUUUACAAACUAUGAAUUUGAUGUGUCAGAGUUUAUGAGACUGGUUUCUAAGGCAGCAGACCAUGUAAGAAAUCAUCCUUCAUUUAUCCAGGCCAGGAAGGAGAAAUACAACCAUGUCAAAGAUGAACUAUGAGCCAACUGUACAAUCAAUUUAAAUGACUAUUUUUGCUUCAAGUAUUAUUAUUAUAUGGGGUACCAGUUUUAUGGAAGGUCUGGUUUUGUUUUGUUUUGUACAAAAAAAAAUAAGACAUGUUUUGAGUUUGAUAUAAGGAGAGUCUGAAAAUGGGAAUUUAAACCAUGGAAACAAAUGUUUUUUGUUUAAAGGAAAACAGAUGAUGAUAAUGUAGAUAAGGAGGCUGAAAAGGCUUCAAAAUAAGAAAAGGUAUCCCCAUAUAAAAAUACUGUAACAAUAUGUGAUUUUAAAAGAAUUAAAUUUUAUGAAAUUUUACCUCAAUGGAAUGAAUAAUUGAAAUGUAGACCAAAAGAACAAUUACAUCAAUACUAUGGAAUAUUCCAUUAAAAUGUUUGAGGGAGGGUGGGAAGGGAUCUUUUAUUUAUUGACACGAAUUGUGGAGCAUUUAUGGUUGAUUGAUGUAUGCAAAAUUACACAAAGAAAUAAUGUUUUUGGGAGACUUUGAAAGUCCUUUCCUACCCUUUCACACCUUUUUUUUUAUGGAAAAGCCCUAACCAAAAAUGGUACCAUUUAUUUUUGUGUCGUCUGCCAGCAAAGCUGUAGUACUUAUAGUGAUCUCUUCUGUAGUUGUUGGAGUCACACUUUGUUAAUUGGCAUCUCUUUGAAAAUGGCUUGACAGAUUUCAACUAAAGUUGUACAGAAUCUUCAAUUGGACAUAAAACAAAGGCAAAAGAUACCAAGGGGAUAUUUAAAACUCAUAAGUCUAAGAAACACUUGACAAUACCUUGGCAAAAAACCCCUGAAAAAUACGAAAAGAAGAACAAAUUCACAAAACACUACAGAGAGACAUUUAGUUGUGCAACUGAUAUAUCAAUAUUUUACCAAAUUAUUUUUCGGGUUAUCCAUGCCAAAACAUGAUCCUUAAGUUUUGUGGACCACUAUUGAAUGAUAAACAGAAGUAUAGAAAAAUUUACUUUUUACUGUGUUUUUUUUUCUUUUUUUUCUCGAUAUUAAAGUAAAUGUUAUGUGCUCUAGAGUUCAAUUUUUCAUUCCAUUCCACUUAAAGGUGCUUAGUAAUAUAAAGAUGUAAAUGAUGUGUACAUCAUUUUGUAAGGAAAAAAUAUACAUUGUAUUUGUUGAUUUAUUAGUAUUUUGCUUGUCAGUUUUUUUUUUAUAAAAUUUAACCUGUGCCUUUAUAACCAGUGUUUUGCCUUGGAUAUGAACAAGGGGCCAAAUAAUUUUUUUUUAUUGUUUUUUUAUUUUAUAUAAAUAUUGCAUAUUUAAUUCUAAGAGGUUGUAUGUUAUACAUAUGUUAAAAGGGUUAGAGCUUUAUGGGCCCUUUGUGGUCGAAAUAUUUUAAAGUGAAUCCCUAUACCUGGAUUCUAAAAAAGUUAUUCGAGUAAUUAAUGAAAAUGCGAGAGAGAAUAAUUGAUUCCAGUCAUCUUAAAUAAUUAUCAAAGGUACCAGGAUUAUAAUUUAAUACGCCAGACGCACGUUUCGUCUUCACCUAGGGCUUAAUUACGAUAAGUUUGAGGUAGCAGCUGCAAGCUGUCAAAUUAGAUGGCUACCUGCAUACUUAUUGUGUUCUUUGAUAAUCUGAAUGAGGGGUUAUUUGAGUAAAGUAUGUAGUCAGUGGAAAUCUACUGUCAAUGCCAACUUUUGAAAGCUCUUGUAAUUUGUCAAGAAAAAGGAGAGUCACCCUGAGAAAAAACCUGAUAUGGCUAAAAAUUAAUAUUGAUUCACCUUUAAAAAAAUAUCAGACUCCUUGACAAUAAGAAUGAUGUUACCACACAAGUUAGGAUAAUUUAAUUUAGUACUAACACGAAUAAUUCAGUAAUUACAGUCCACUACUCUACGAUGGCUGCAUUAAUGUCUGAAGGCCUAGUCAAUGGAAAUUGUCAGUCAUUUUGAAUUAGCUCUUGAUUUACCUAUCUUGAUAAAAACAUUAAGCUUUCAACUAAUUGGCUCUCUAACCCAAAGAGCACUAAUCGAAAUCCUUGAUUCGUGACACGUUUUUAUCGUGUAAAGAGUUUCGGCCCUCGCAAGUGGGAGAGUAGAUCACUGGGAGGGACUGAAUUAUUUGGGUUAAUCAAGUACCAUUUUUUGUUCCCCAGUCGACAAAAAACAGAUGGUCACAGAAAAUAAAUGAGCCUACAGUAUUUGAAUAUAAUCUUAAUUGUUAGAUUUAUUGUAUUUAGUUUUUAGAAUUAACUUAUUUUAGAUGAUAUAAGCUAAAUAGUUUGAAUUAUGUGUCCUUUUAAGCAAACUUUGUGAGCUCUGAGGCAAGUGUAUAAUCAGAAACAGAUUCUAGUUAGAAUGAUAAUUACAAAAUUACCUAGUUUAUAUAACAAAGGUGCUAUUAACUCCAUUUGCCAUAUUUUAUAUACAUUUUAAAGUUAAAAUUGUUGUUAAUUUGUUGAUGAUUGUCUUUGAAAGUUUUAUGUAGGUUUUAGAAAUUUCAUGUUAUGUAUUUUCAUGGUUCAUUUGCUAGAAAAUAGAAUUUAAUGUGCAUAAGUUGAAUUGCAUAUCAAUAAUAAAUAUAUCCCAAAAGAAUGUAAAUCCAAAAAUAGAGUGCCAUAUUCCCUGCAUUCCCUAUAUUUGCAAUUACGGUUUAUGAGGUUAUUUUGACCUCAGCUUCAAUUCGCAAUUACAGGGUAAAAAGGGGUAAUGAAAUGUUAAAUGAGUUUAUAAUUUUUGUUGAUAGUUUUCUCCUUUGCAUUUUUAAUAUAUAGUAAAACAAAUCGUGGACAAAUUUUC